AACUGUUAUACAAGAUAUGCCGUCCAUAUUAAGGACUUGUUUUUUUCCUAUACAAACUCUAUGCCGAUUCUCAAUGGCAUUGAGCUAACGGUGCCAAAGGAUCGUAUAUACGGGCUGUUGGGUCCCAGCGGUUGCGGCAAAACGACAUUAUUGAAGUGUAUAUUGGGUCGACUGAGACCUAAUAGUGGCGACAUUAGUAUAUUUGGCGGUACACCUCAUGAAUGUCGUAUACCCGGCGCUGGUGUCGGUUAUAUGCCACAGGAGUUGGCCCUCUAUUAUGACUUUACCAUCGAAGAGUUGCUCAUAUAUUUUGGCCGUAUAUUUGCUAUGAAUAGACAGGAAAUGGUCAUAAAAAUCGAUGAACUAAUCCAGUUAUUACAGUUGCCAAAGAAAAAUACAUUAAUUGGCAAGAUAUCUGGUGGCCAACAGCGGCGGACAUCGUUGGCCUGCGCUCUCAUUCAUUGUCCACCGUUGCUUAUACUGGACGAACCGACUGUCGGUACCGAUCCGCUACUUCGCCAGACAAUAUGGUAUCAUUUGCUCGGGUUGUGCCAGUCGGGUCUGACCAUCAUAUUGACCACACAUUAUAUAGAGGAGGCACGCAGUGCCGAUACCGUGGCCUUUAUGCGAAACGGCAAAAUACUGGCCGAAGACAGUCCGAACCGAUUGCUACAGAAGUAUUCRUCGAAGACUAGUCUGGAGGAAGUGUUUCUMCAGUUGUGUCAUUUGGAUAGCGACGGCUGCGGCGGCGGUGGUAGUGGUGGUGGCGGCAAACGUGCCGCUGUCGUGACCGCUGCUAACGAGUCGGCAACGGCUGCUGCGGCUGCGGCAAUGGAUGACACCAUGAAGUUGUCAAUGAUUACUGCUAAGACAUCAUCGUCAUCCGCACAGGUAAUUGGCGGCCAGUUAUCUGUCGACGACAAUCCAAAAACAUCGUUAGACGGAACUAUUACCGAUAUUGACGACCUGAGUUCAAAGUCGUCGUCGUUUUUGACCAACAAUACCGAUAAUAAUAAUACGACAACCAAAACGGUCAGCGGCGACGGCGAUAUAACUAUUAGUGGCAGCGGUAGCGGUGCUGUUGUCCUUACAAUCGGUAGUUCGGCGACAACAACAAUAAACCCAAAGACUAUGACAACCAUUAAUACUACGGCUGUCGACGACGACAACCACUGCAACAGUGUUUACGUGAAGAUAGUGGACGACGACGACAACAACUACAACGACAAUAGCAACUGUCAGACAGUGGACAGUGAGCUCAGACAUCGAUCAUCAUCAAAGUCGGCUACCGUUGAAACCGGUGGCGGCGGCGGUUGCGGUGAUUGUUCGGAAAAGUUGUUGUUGACAACAACUACCGACACAACAACAGCAACAACGACAACGGUUCGGAUCAAGAAUUCUCGUUUUACCGGCCGAUGUUGGGCACUGUUGGCCAAAAAUUUUCGCCGUUUGAGCCGCAAUUGGGGUCAACUGGUAUUUUUUAUAAUACUACCCGCUCUCGAACUGGCCUUACUGUUGGUCAGCAUCAGUAGCGGUCCUAUUGGCCUGGAUUUGGCCGUUUUCGACGAGGAACGGGUCAACAAUCGGACAGCGGCCAGUAAUAAUUGGGGCAAACUAUUCAUCGACUGUCUGGACGAUAAUCGGACAUUCAAUAUACGCUAUUUCGAUACGUUUGACGCCGCCUAUCACUCCGUACAAAGUGGUCAGUCGUAUGCAUUGAUCGAUAUUAACGAACGCUUUUCGAAAGCCUUGCGGUUGCGGUACGUCUACGGCAACGAUGUCGACGAAGAAACCGUCAGCGAAAGUCAAAUACGUGUUCACAUUGAUUGGUCUAAUCAGGCAUUGGGCGCACAAAUUGAGCGCAUAUUUUACGAAGCAAUCAAACGAUUUGCCGAAGCCGUGGCCAUCCGAUCCCAGGCCAAUCCCGAGUCAAUUAAGAUACCGUUGGCUUUUGAGCGGCCAGUUUACGGCAGUCGGGACGAAUCGAUGCGCGACUAUGUACUGCCCGGCUGCUAUGUAUUGCUAGCAUUUUUCGCUACCAGUGCCGUCACCGGUCAUCUAAUAAUGGAUGAACGCAGGGACGGCCUACUCGAACGUAGUCUAGUGGCCGGUAUUACCGCAUUUGAGUUUCUACUAUCGCAUACCUUAACCCAAUUUCUGAUACUAUGCCUACAAAUUGCAUUCAUGCUACUGAUGCCGUUCCUCCUGUUUCAUCGUCAGCUAACUGGGCCCCUGUGGGUACUCAUAGCCCUGGCCCUGUCCCAGGGGUUUUGCGGUAUAGCUUUCGGUCUAAUGAUUUCGGCCCUGUGUUCCGAUAUUAUCUAUGCGGCAAUGUUUGUGAUUUGUAUGUUUUUUGUUAGCAUUAUCAUUGGUGGGUGUUUCUGGCCCAUCGAAAACAUGCCCCUCUGGUUAAGAUACUGGAGCUAUUUGAUGCCGUCGACAAUACCCAUACAGUCGAUGCGUGCCAUACUGUUCAGGGAGUGGACAGUCGACUAUUUUCAAGUCUAUAUCGGUUUUAUUGUUACCUAUGUUUGGUUCGCUGUCUUUGUUAUAGUGGCUCUGAUUUUUCUUCGACGAAGUCUUUAA